AUGUGGGAGGCGACACUGGAACCCAACGUCAUCCUACAACGCCGGGAUCAGCGCGUGCAGGAAUGGCGAGCAGUGGCCGCGGGCUUUGGCAUUGCUCAGGGAGAUGUGGGACGCGAAGCUAAAGCCCUACGUCAUCUCUCCUUCAGCUACAAUGCUGGGAUCAGCGCAUGCGAGAAUGGGGGGCAGUGGCAGCGGGCUCUGGCACUGCUCAGCGAGAUAUGCGAGGCAAGGCUGGAGCCUGACAUCAUCUAUAUUCUCAGCUACAACGCUGGGAUCAGCGCGUGCGAGAAGGGUGUGCAGUGGCAGCGGGCUCUGGCGCUGGUCUGCGAGGUAAAUGAAGCGCAGCUGGAGCCCGAUGCCAUCAGCUACAACGCUGGGAUGCUAGCGUGUGAGCACAGCGGGCAGUGGCAGCAGGUAUUGUCGUUGCUCAGCAAAGCGAAGGAGGCAGGUUUGGAUACGGAUGCUGACAUGUGUACUACUGUGACUAAUGCAUGCGAGAUGGGCGGGCAGUGGCAAAUGGCAUCGUCAGUCCUCGACAACUUGUUGUUGAAGUUUGGGCGCUACUUUGUCGAGUAG